AUGCUGGCUGGGCAAUUCAAGUCGUCAAGAUCUCCGACAAUAGGUGCCUUACGUGAGGCCAAGGAUGGACGUGGUAGCUCGAAAGCUAUCGAUCUUGAGGUUCCCCUUAAGACCGAGUUCUGCGGCACCACCAUUCAGAAGCUCAUGAAAAAGGAAGGCAUCACACGUGAGGACGCCACUGCUGUGUACCUUGCAUGGAAAGAAUCCUGUGACGAACAGGGGUUGCCCAGCGGCCCGGCCCCGAAGCAAAAGCCUUCGAAGCUCCUUAAGGGAAAGAUGCUCGAGGCCGAAGAACCAAAGACGCGAUUCCGUGGCAAAGCUGCUCCCCCCAACAAGCGCUCUGCUCCCGAGUCUGAAAGCACCAAGCCGUCCAAGAAGGCAAAGACCAGCGACCCAGAGGAGUCGAUGGUUUUUGCCCCGGCCAAUGCACAGGAUGUUGCUGACUUCUUCGGCACAGAGAAGGAGAAGGUGCUGGCGAAGGAAACGAAACAACAGUCCAAUGAUUUGGACGAGGACCUCGAUGGUGAGCCUUGGGAUGAGACUGAGGGCUGGGGAGAGGAAUGGGGUGAAGAUGAUUUGGAUGAGUCGGGGGGUUGUGGGGAAGGCUCAGCAGACGAGUACGAUUGGGAGAGUGAGUACCCUGGCUUUUGGGACGACUACUGGGAGCACAAGCACGGGUGCUUGGAAACAAAGCCCACUGGUCUUGUGGAUGGGGUCACCGAGCAAGCCUCGAGCCCAACAACAGGACCCACCGAGCGAGAGGAGGGGACCAUGGACGGAGCCACAAGCCCAACAACAGGACCCGCCGAGCCAAAGGCAAAGGUCAACAGCUCCACCCAUCCGAAGGAGUAUGCCAGGCUAAACCGAUUGUACGACUCGGGCAAGUUGGCAAGCUUCCCAGAGAUGGGGCAAUUGUGGGAAAGCAACCUCAAGGAGAAGAACAAGCUGCUCAGACAGUUCAUUGCCACCGGUGGAAACUGCAAAGCUUGCGAAGCAGAGCUCCUUGUGUCAAAAGAGCAAAGCCUCGAAGGAGGGGAAAAAGAUGAGCACAGCCCUGACAAUCUUGCCCUUACCCGAUUUUGGGUCGUGGUGGACCGCGAGAAGACCGAGCUGGAAAAAGCAUCGAUCACUGGGCAGAUGAGGGCGAAGAUGACACCCGAUGAAGCUUUCAUGGCUACCCUAGGGUCGAAUGGCUCGCCGUCGGUGUUGCACCGAAGUGCCCCUGCGACUUCGGCACACCCCUUGAACGGGGACGUGCUCAAGGCCUUUGACAAGUACAACACUGGCCUUCAGCAGGCAGUUUCGGCUUGCCAAGAGCUGAAGAAGGAGAUCAAUGGCCUCUCCAACCUGAUGCUCGAUUUGGGUGCUUCUCCUAAGGAGGUCGACAUGAAGGGUAUUCUGCUGAAGUACGAGAAGAAGCUGAAGAGCUAUGCGAAACAGUUCAAGGAGCUGAAGACGUCCGAGGAAAUGGACCCGAUGUGCCAGCAGAUCCAUGACAAGGUCGUGGAGCUUGGCUUGGAGAAGGCCCAAGCACGGGGACUUGUGAGCCAGCUUCGCAAGCAGGCGUAA